CUGAAUUCGAUUCUUUUGGGAUCGAAUCUCCAUUUCUGAAGCACAGACUGUGGUCGGAAGCGAAGUAGUCGGUCUGCUGCUGACAGGAGAGCUUGCAAUACGCCACCGAUAAUUUUGAACAACGCUGAAAAAUGUUAAACCCAACACCGACCAGCAAACCUUCGAACCCGGAAAACCCUCGAGUAUUCUUUGACGUUGACAUUGGCGGAGAAAGAGUUGGGCGCAUCGUGUUUGAACUCUUCGCAGAUGUUGUACCCAAGACCGCAGAAAAUUUCAGGGCCUUGUGCACCGGCGAAAAAGGGGAGGGUGCCACAACAGGAAAGCCGCUACACUUCAAAGGAUGUCCAUUCCACAGGAUUAUAAAGAAGUUUAUGAUCCAGGGAGGGGAUUUCUCCUGUCAAAAUGGCACUGGAGGAGAGAGCAUUUAUGGGGAGAAGUUUGAAGAUGAAAACUUUAACUACAAACACGACAAGGAAGGCUUGCUCAGCAUGGCCAAUGCAGGACCCAACACAAAUGGUUCGCAAUUUUUCAUCACCACCGUCCCCACGGAACACCUGGAUGGGAAACAUGUAGUCUUUGGCCAGGUGCUGAAAGGCAUGGGGGUUGUCAAAAUCCUAGAGGCUGCAGAGACAAAGGAGGACACGCCAGUGAAGCUGUGCGUCAUUGCUGAAUGUGGAGAACACAAGGCUGGGGAUGACUGGGGGGUCGCCCCGAAUGACGGUUCCGGGGACACUCAUCCCGACUUUCCGGAGGAUUCCGACGUCAAUUUUAAAGAUGUUGACAACAUUUUAUCAGUCGCUGAAGAUGUCAAGAAUAUUGGUAACAACUUCUUCAAAUCCCAAAACUGGACAGCGGCUAAUAAGAAGUACUCCAAAGCUCUGAGGUACUUGGAAGUUUGCGGGGACGCUCUGGACGACGAGGAAGCACAGAAAAGGCUGGAGCCCACUGCCCUGAGCUGCAUUUUGAACAUCGCUGCUUGUAAGCUGAAAAUGCAGCUCUGGCAAGAAGCCAUCGACAGCUGCAACGAGGCGCUUGCAUUGAACCCUGCAAACACUAAAACGCUGUACAGACGGGCUCAAGGAUGGCAGGGAAUGAAGGAGUACAACAGUGCUCUGCUUGACCUUCAAAAAGCUCAACAGAUAGCACCCGAGGACAAAGCAAUUGGGAAUGAGAUGCUGAGAGUCAAACAGAAGGUAAAAGAGGAAAAGGAGAAGGAGAAGAGAGCGUAUGCAAAAAUGUUUGCUUGAAGGAUUCUGCUGCAGAUCUCGACGGUGGUCGUUUCGUCUGCAGAUGUGUGAAUGGUCUAUUCAUUCAGAAAAUCCAGCAGGAAAAGGCCGUCCCAUUCAUAGGUCAACCAUGCUGUAGUUUGACUGCCUAAACAUUAAUGGUGUACUUUGACUUGAUGAUCAGCCAAACCAGUAGCACUGUGUUCCGAGUGGGUGUGAUAAGAUUAUUUUUUGCUCUUAUUUUACGCAGUAUGUUCAUGUUUGAUAUGGGGGCAAAACACACCCCAUUUAGAUGAAUUUUUAAAGAACGCAAACAGCGUGAAAGUGAAUUAUCUUGAAAUCGUCUCACGCAUGCAUGGUAGAACUAAAGAGAAAAAUCUCAUUUCAGCAUUUCAUUUGCUUUUACCUCCCUUUGUAACGGGUUAGAAGUUCAUGUACUGUAUCAGUUUCUGGUUUGGUUGGUGUUGUAGCCUGCAUAUGCAUUUGUUUUUUUAAGCUUGGAAUGGCUGCAAACAAAGUUUGUACACUUGAAAUGUCAUGUGAUUCCCAGGAUUUCUCUGACCAAAUAAAUUGUGAACCCUGG